UUGGCACAGUCUGGUUGGCUGAGGGGCAGCGACGGAGUGGAGCAACAAUGGCGCGGCUGGCGACGCUACUGCUGUUACCGGUUCUCUUUGAGUCGGCCUUUUCCAUCUCUUUCUUUUUGCCGGUCAAUUCGAGAAAAUGUUUACGGGAGGAGAUUCACAAAGACGUGCUCGUCACGGGGGAAUAUGAGAUAAGCGAGCAGGCGAACACCAAAACGAACCUGAAGAUCACAGAUUCCUCAAGCCACACUCUGUACUCCAAGGAAGAUGCAACCAAAGGCAAGUUUGCCUUCACCACAGAGGACUACGACAUGUUUGAGGUGUGCUUUGAGAGCAAGUCCCCCAUGGGAACUGGGAGGGUUCCAGACCAGUUGGUCAACCUGGACAUGAAGCAUGGUGUGGAGGCCAAAAACUAUGAAGAGAUUGCCAAGGUGGAGAAGCUGAAGCCUCUGGAAGUGGAGUUGAGGCGACUGGAGGAUCUGUCAGAAUCCAUCGUUAAUGACUUUGCUUACAUGAAGAAAAGAGAAGAGGAGAUGAGGGACACUAAUGAGUCCACCAACACACGCGUGCUGUACUUCAGCAUCUUCUCCAUGGGCUGCCUCAUCGGGCUGGCCACGUGGCAGGUCUUCUACCUGCGUCGCUUCUUCAAGGCAAAGAAACUGAUCGAGUAGAGCUUCUCGUCCUCCUGCUCCUUUUUUUUGUUUUGGGCUCAACAUCAUGUCCUCACAUCCAUCCCCCUCGGACGGCAAGUGAAGUUUUAGCGGGGGGUCUCAAAUUCUAUUUUUCAAAGCUGGUUGUCCUGUUGGGUGGAGGGAAGAGAAACAACACAUACCCAAAGAUCGGCUUGUUUGUUUGGUGUUUUGAAACAUGACAAGUGCAGUGGCCUGAGAAAUAUUCUUAUACAUACUCACACUCUCUUGAAUGUUGCAGCUUCCCCGGCAAGUGUUUGUUUGCAAGCUCCCUUUGGAACGGAUGUGCCAUGAGAAUGUAUUUCGCCCUCAUGUUGAACACUUUGCCAGGUCCUUAGUGCCCCUUACAUCAAGUGAAGGCUAUAUGAACGUGUGGUUGGUUACUUUUUCGAGGACAUAAGCAACCACUGUAUUCCUGUAAUAAGUCGCUCCAUUUGCAUACAUGUUAUAUAGCCACUUGACACUCUUGAGUUAUUUUUUUCACACUGUAAAUGACCCCUUGUAAGAGCUCGUGCAUGUUGUUUUCGUUUUCAAAACACUCAUGAGUAAAGGCACUCAUCAAAAAUCAUUGUGAAUAUCCUUGACAGGAAGUCACUGAAACACCAGAUUUGUAUGUAUCCUGUCACACUUGCGAUAAACCCAUACUGGUGGACAAAAUCUAUUCCCAGUUAUUGUAUCGUCCAUCCAAUUUGUUUUGUUUUUCUGUCGCUUUAGGAAAAUUUAGGAGGUUUGGUUACAUAGAAAUAUGCGAGGAAGCGUGCAAAGAAAUACAGAUUGCUUCUAAAGGGGUUAAUUAUUAAGGCAUUUGUCAUGGGUGUCUUUUUAACUGAACUUGUGCAUUGUGCACAAUAAUUUUUAUUUUGUUGACAAAUUUUGUAAACUCUGUUUUGGGCUUUUAUUCAAUAAAAUGUUGGAUGGA